GAAAAAUAAAUGGAUGUAAAAAUGAAAUUGCAGAAAUCUUUACCACCACUAGUUGAAGGCAAAAUUUAUGGUUAUUUAAAAUUUGUCAUAGAUGAAGUUAUUUGGUCAAAAAGAAAUUUUGGUGAGAUCAAAGUAUUAGCAUCUUGGUGGGGAGAAAAUAGUAGAGCUCAAUUUAGACCAGCAGACAUUACAAAAAAUGUGACAAGAUCAGAACAAGAAACAACUGAAAUUUAUGCCAUUCGUACAAGUAUUAAUCUUUUUGAGGAAUAUGUUAAAAAUUGUGAAGCUAUAGAAUUAGUGAUUGUUAGUGAAGAAACAAAUACAAUUAUAGGAACAUCUCAAAUUGUAGAUUUAUUAGAAAUCUUCAAAUGCAAACCAUAUUUUAGAUAUGUGCCAAUAAUAACAAAUUCUGAAAACAAAAUAGGAGAAAUUCAUAUUUCUAUGAAGUUAGAACAUAUGACAAAAACUUUUAAUAUGCAAUUAAAAACAUACAGACAUGAUGAAAUGCAGGCUAUUGAUAAUACCUUACUUUCAGCUAUUAAUAGUUUAAGGAAUGAGUAUGAUGUAGCAACUGAUAAAUAUACCAUAUGCAAAAAAAUACAGCCUGGAGAACAUGAAACUUAUAAAUCUAUUUUAAAAUUGAAAAGAACAGGCCUUCAAGCACCUGUUAAUAAAUUCAAUAAUGAAAUAACUGAUAAACUUGUUGCUCAGGUUGUUGCAAGAGCACAAAGACUUAGAGGAGCUUUACUAAAAGAAACAUAUAAUGGAGAUGAGUUGUCAUUUAGUGAUAAUUCAAUAAGUAAUAUUGCUACUGAAAAUGAAGUAAAAUUAAGUAAAUGUUUUUUGGGUAAUGAUGUGACUUCUUCUGAUGAGAGUAAAACAUUGUGUACAUUAAGAUCAUUUUUAAAUCCAAGUUGGACAGAUAUGGCAUCAAACGGCUUAAAAAUUCACAAAUAUGAUGAAAAAAGCACAUCAAACAAUAUAUCUUCUAUAGGAAUUAACUCUGCCAUAGAAGAUACAUUAUUAAAAAAAAAAUCAUGCAUUGAUUCAAAAGAUACUGAACUAUUUCAUCUUGUCAAUUAUAUUAGAAUUAAAGUGGAAUCAUUUAUUCUAAGUCCUGCUGGGUAUAGACGUGUGAAAUCUUCUUCGUUAUCACAUAACGAUAAUACUGUUUUAUCUACAACAUAUUACAUUCAAUAUGAUAUGACAUUUGAUUAUAUUAAAGAAACUGAAAAAAAAUGGGUAAAAGAAAACAAACCUGUAAGAGUAUGCUUUAAAAAGCAAACAAACCAAGUGAUUUAUUUUAAUCAUGAUGCCACAUAUAAAGUAUCAAGAUUGAAACAGCAUACAGAACAUUCUAUAAAAUUUAAAAUAUUUGUCCGCCAUCUUAAUAAAAGAUCACUUAUUGAAUUAGGCAGUGCCACUAUUCACGUUAAUGAUAUUAUAAAAAGUGAAAAUUGGAAAAUUGCACAACACUUAAUAAUUCUUAAUAAAGGAAUAAAAAUAGGCGAAUUGAAAAUAAUUAUUGAAUUAGAUUUAGAUUCUUGUCAUUUUGAAAAACAGUAUAUAGAUAGUAUAAUGUCUGCUAAAGAAAACAUUCCUGUUUUGGAAACACAACAGUUGUUAAAUGAAACUAGACAUAAAAGAAGUAAAAGUGCAACAGAAACUCAUCUAAAACAGAAUAUAGAUAAUAAAAAGGUUGAUACAAAAAAUCAAGAAAAUAGAAUAGAAGAUAAGGUUUUACUCCAUGGUUUAAUAUAUGUAGCUGAAGGGCAAGAACUACCAGAGUUAAAUACAUAUUUAAUAUGCAGGACAUUUUGGAGAGAGGAUAAGACUAAAAGUGAAAUUUGCAACAAUACACAAAAUCCAUUGUAUCAAUUUUGCCAAGUAGUACCUCUUAUUUAUGGUGAUGAUUUAUUGGAACGUAUUAAAGACAAUUACAUAGUCAUUGAAGUUUAUUCUAGAAAUAAUAACAUAGAUAAUCUACUAGGAUUAACAAAACUGUCUGUACAUCAGUUAUAUAUUGCAUAUAGAGAUCCACGAGUACUGCCUCAUUUGUUAUUAUCUAAGUAUCCCGUGGUUAGUGUAGAUGGAUGGGUACCAAUUAUAGAUCCUGUAUCUGGUCAAUCUUGUGGUCAAUUACUUACAUUAGUAGCUCUUGGAACUGCUGAACAAAUUGCAUUAUUAGAAAUAUCUAGAGGCUUGCGAACUGUUGGUACUUUAUCGCAAAUAGUACAUUCAGAAAAUUUAUCUGAUUGCACAAAGUAUUCACAUGAUAUGCCACUAACGCAUAAUACAUAUGAAUUGCGAUCCAAUAAAGAAUUGUAUUCUGCAAAUUUAAAAACUCAAGAGUGUCAGACAGAUAUUUCAACUGUAAAAGAAUUUAAGUUUAAUAAGGAAUCGCAAGAAAGUUUAACUUCGGAACAUUCUACUUUACAUAAUACAGUUGACCAUUUAACACAGGUUUUAACUGUUAACAAAGUGAUCAUAGAUCAAGCGGCACAAACUGAAAUAAGCUUGGAAGAUAAGAAACAAACAGACACGGAAGAACAGAUGUGUAUAAGUGAAUUGAAUUUUAAUAAUUCCGAUAGCGAAAACAGUAGUGUUAGACACAAUUUUCAUUUACCAACAGAAACAUAUAGAAGCGUUGGUGUUGGUGCUGAGUAUAAUGAAGAUAUUGAUUACCAACUAAAUAGUGGUCAUAAUAAUACAACAUUUGAGUUGCCAACUGCAAUUCAUACAGAAAAUGAAUCAACGAAUUUUGCAUGUGGUCAAACAACGUUUAGAGCUAUCGUAGAGAUUGAAUGCGCAUUACAUUUACCAAAAGUAGAGACACAUAAUGAAACCAUUGAACCAAGUACAUAUGUAUCAUUUCAAGCCAAUAAAUCUGAUUAUUCAAAACAUUUAAAUUCGUACACGAUUACUAAUGUUUUUCCAUAUAGUUGUAAUCCUAAAUGGAAUUGGAAAUGUGAUACAAAAUUACCAACAGAACUGCUUUUACAUGGUGAAAAAAGGUUGAUUUUAAAAAUUUGGCGUAUAUUAGACACAGGUAUUGGUAUGGAAAUAAACUUAGAGAGAGAUGUUGUUAUUGGAUUUUCUGCUAUUGAUCUUUCCAUUUUAAUUAAUGGUUUCCCAAUAGUGUCUGGUUGGUUUCAUAUAAUGGACUUCACUGGAAAAUGCAACGGACAAAUUAAAAUAUGCAUAACACCAAUGGAUAAUUUAUCAUUAUUUGCAAAGCCUAUGACAACAUUAAAUACAACACGACUGCCAACAUGUUCUAAGUCUCAACUAAAUUGGUUUCCAAUGUAUACUUAUGAAAUGCAUUCUGGUAAUAUGGAAAGAAAUAAUACCAAUUACACUUUAUCAACAGUUACACAGGAAGAAGAAAAAUCAAUACAUAGCGAAAAUCACUUAAAUGACUCUACAAUGCAUACUGCUUUAGAAGAUGUAUCCAUGUCAUUUUUAUCUUUAUCCUUAAAACAAAAAUUAACCGAAUUAGAUGAGAUUACAAAACGUCUAGAAUCACGAUUGCGUGAUGUUACAAAUACGGCUUUUGAAGAUGACUUGGAAAAUGAAUUUGAUUUAAAUGAUCCAAAUAGCGAUAAUGAAAAUAUCGAUUCUAAAAUUGAUGAUCCAAUAGUAUCCAUUGCUACAACGGAUUGCAGUAGUAGAAUAUGUCAAAUAUCUCAACUAGAUAAAAGAUUAUUGCAUAAUACAGUUAUUACAGAAAAUGAAAAUCAGAAUAUAUCACGUGAAACUAACAAUCAAAAUAGUUUGCCUCAAACUUAUAUUAGUUGUAACAAAGCAACUAUUUCUGAGAUAACGAAACCGAAUUCUCCUAAGACAUCGAAUUCUUACAGUAAACGAAAUUUAUCAAAUGAUAAUUGUCAAGUACAACACCAAAGUGAACAUUUAAUGAAAAAGAUUAGAACAUUAGAUAACACUUUCACUGGCUAUCCAGAACAAGGAACAAAAACACACAUAAAUUAUUUACUUGAUAAGCUAUCUUUACAAUUUCCCGUACAAUCACAUUUAAGUAAGACUGUGCCAAUAAGAAAAAGUGUUACCAAUUUACUGACAAAUUUACAACAAAGUAAUAAUAACUUACAAGAUAGUAGUAAAUGUAGCAAGGAGGUUAAAAUAUGUACAGUACCUACUCAGACGGAUAAUAUAAAUGAACAAACUAUUAAAAAUUUGGAAAGUACAGUAACAGAUUGUGUGACUAAGGGUGUGGCGGAUACGUGUGAUAAUAGAAAUUCACCCGAAGUAUCGAUGAAUUCGCAAAUUGCUAAUAGAAUGUCAACAGUAAUACGUGAAGAACUAGUUGCUGAAGAAAAUAGCAAUACAUCAAAAUGCGACGAAUUGACAACUCAUCUUUUAACUUCAAAUAUUCGUCAUAUGGAUUUAAAUAACAUUUUCAAUCCACUUUUAUAUCAACAUUUAGUGCCUGACCUAUAUUAUUCAAAUGCUUCACCUGAAGAAGAAACUAUCAAACAAUUAGAUAAUCGGUAUAGUAAAGUUUUCAGCACAUCGAUAAGUAAUAGAUUAAAUAAAGUAUGUAAUUUAGUAGAGACCAAUGAACAUUUCGAAAAUGCUGAACUUUUUAGAAUGACACCUUCUGGAGUGUCGGAAAAUAUUGAUGAUAGCAUUGAUUUAACUGUUCUCCAUAAAAGCAGUUACAAUGAUCUAUUAGCAAGUAAUAGUACAGAAUCAACUACUACUAUAUCGGCUGAAAAAUCAUUGAUUAAAUCUAUUGAUUCAGAAAUAAUUGAAAAUGGUGACUCUACAUCUUCUGAAACAUCUGUUCUUGUAUUUUCAAGACAAGCUCCUGAUGGCGGUAACCCUAUAGAAGAUAACAGAAAACCGUUAAUUAUACAACAGAAGGAUGAUAUUCAAGAUUCAUCAUCAAAUACUUAUAACUGA